GCGGCGGCCCCGGGGCCCGGCCCGGGGCUGUGUCCUGCCCUGUCCCGCCGCGUCCGCCCCGCUCCUCGCUCCCAUCAUGCUGGUGCCCGUGUUCACGCUGAAGCUGAACCACAAGAUCCUGCCCCGCAUGGUGGCGCUGGGCCGGUACGACGGGACGCACCCCUGCCUGGCGGCCGCCACGCAGGCGGGCAAGGUUUUUAUUCACAGUCCUCAUGCCCGAGGGCAGAGGACGAGCACAAACCGAAUGGUGCAGAGUAACCAAGAUUCGGACAUUUCUCUUCUCAACAUUAAUCAAGGGAUCACUUGUCUGGCUUCGGGAGUGCUGAACCCUCAGCUGGGUUAUGAUUGCCUUCUGGUUGGAACACAGACUAAUUUGUUGGCUUAUGACGUGUAUAACAACUCAGAUUUGUUCUACAGAGAGGUUUCAGAUGGAGCCAACGCAAUAGUUCUUGGAAAGCUUGGAGAUAUUUCACCUCCUCUUGCUAUUAUUGGUGGGAACUGUGCCCUGCAGGGCUUUGAUCAUGAAGGCAAUGACCGUUUCUGGACGGUUACUGGAGACAACGUUCGUUCCUUAGCACUGUUUGACUUUGAUGGUGAUGGCAAAACUGAGCUUCUUGUUGGCUCUGAAGAUUUUGAUAUCCGGGUGUUUAAAGAAGAUGAGAUCGUGGCAGAGAUGUCAGAGACGGAGACUAUCACUGCCCUCAGCCCCAUGUAUGGCAGUCGGUUUGGUUACGCUCUCGCUAACGGGACCGUUGGAGUUUACGACAGGACAGCCCGCUACUGGAGGAUCAAGUCAAAAAACCAGGCAAUGAGCAUACAUUCAUUUGACCUGAACUCUGAUGGAGUGCCUGAGUUGAUCACUGGCUGGUCCAAUGGGAAGGUGGACGCGCGCAGCGACCGCACUGGGGAGGUCAUCUUUAAGGACAACUUUGCCUCCUCAAUUGCAGGAGUGGUGGAGGGGGAUUACAGAAUGGAUGGGAGCACCCAGUUAAUCUGCUGUUCAGUUGAUGGGGAAGUCCGAGGUUAUCUGCCAGGAGGUGAGGAGAUGAAAGGAAACCUAAUGGAUACGAAUGCUGAGCAGGAUCUGAUCCGAGAACUUAGUCAGAAGAAACAAAAUCUGCUGCUGGAAUUAAGAAAUUAUGAGGAAAAUGCAAAGGCUGAGUUGAAUGCUGAGCUGAAGGAAGCUGAUGGGCAGAGAGGUGUGAUUCCAGCAAACACCCAACUCCAGACAGCCCUGUCAGUUAAUCUGGGCUCUGACAGCCAGUCUGCCCAUGUGGAGCUGUGUAUUUCCACCACAAAUGACACAAUCAUCCGUGCUGUGCUGAUCUUUGCUGAGGGCAUAUUCGAAGGAGAGAGCCACGUGGUGCACCCCAGUGUCCAGAACCUCUCGAGCUGUGUUCGUGUUCCCCUCACUCCACCCAAAGAUGUGCCCGUGGAUUUGCACAUCAAAGCCUUCGUGGGUUACCGGAACAGCACACAGUUCCACGUGUUCGAGCUGACGAGGCAGCUUCCCCGCUUCUCCAUGUACGCGCUCAGCAGCCCCGACUCGGCCACGGAGCCCCUGAGCUUCGUUAACUGCACCACCAGUGAGAGGCCACAAAGGAUCGUUAUGUGGCUGAAUCAGAGCUUCUUGCUGCCAGAGGAUGCAGAGUUUCAGAGUGCUCCCUUUCAGGUUUGCUUCACUUCCCUUCGUAAUGCAGGUCAGCUCUGCAUCAAAAUCAAGCCUGGUGGAGAGAUUUCCAUCAACACAGAUGAUAUUGAUCUAGCUGGUGACAUUGUGCAGUCCCUGGCCUCCUUCCUGGCCAUUGAAGAUUUGCAGGUGGAAGCAGAUUUUCCUGCGUACUUUGAGGAGCUGCGGAAGGUGCUGGUGAAGGUGGAUGAACACCACGCAGUGAAUCAGAAGCUCACAGCUGACAUGGCUGAACACUCCAACCUCAUCCGCAGCAUGCUGGUCCAGGCGGAGGAUGCACGGCUCCUGGGAGACAUGAAAAACAUGAAGACACGGUACACUGAGCUGUAUGAUCUGAACAGAGACUUGAUAAAUCAGUACAAGAUCCGUUGCAGCAACCACACAGAGCUGCUGAACCACCUGAAAGCCGUGAACCAGGCGAUCCAGAGGGCUGGGCGCUUGCGUGUUGGCAAACCCAAAACACAGGUGAUCAGUGCUUGUCGGGAUGCAAUAAGGAGCAACAACUUCAACACGCUGUUCAGGAUCAUGCGUGUGGGAACAGCCUCUUCCUGAGGAGCCGGGCAGCAGCUGCACACAGGCAGAUAAGGGCUGAUAGGCAGUUCAUUCAGCCUCCUGCUCCACUGUAGGGUGAAGGAAUUGCAAAGGUAGCACUGUAGUUAAGCUGUCAGCUGAGAAAUAUUCAGGCCAAAGCUUCCUGGAGAGAGCAUCAGAGCUGGAGUGCAGAUGUGGUACUUAUGCAAGACAGAGGUAUAAUGUUCAAGCAGUUAUUUUUCUUACAGUAACUUAUUUAUGUAUUUAAAUAUAUUUUGUAGUUAAGGCGUUGACUUUUUCCAUUAAAUCAUAGACUGACUUGA